CAGAGAAAGCAGUCUAAACAGGCCCUUGAGACACUUCCUUACACUCUCUUUGGUUUGUUUAGCUAUCGAUAAGGAUCCCAACUGUCAAGCCAAACUGUCCGAUCCCUGCGGACCCUCUGUCCACGAGUGCGGGUUUACCGCAUCGAGUGCUGACAAACGCUGCGCAACUGGCUGGACACGGGUCGCGCAAGAUAAUGCUUUGAACUGCCCGUUGAGCGAUAAGCUUUCAAGAUUGCUCUACGGGCUCGAUGGCAGGCAUUGCCUUUCGCGACCGCUUCACGCGCUAUGGAUUUCCCUCUCCUCGUCGAUGAUCUCGGUUCGCGGUAUCUUGCUGACGGAUGCACCUAAUCUUGGCCGUUAGUAAACUUUCCGCGACCCUCGCUGGCGGCUUCAAGGGCCGUUCGAGGGAAGAUCUCGAUCGUCGCAGCUGGACAAGAGCUGAGCUCUAGAACUGACGUGAUACGCGCCUCAGUUUGUCCAGGAUCUGCGUGUGGACUGGACAGUUGAUUAAUUUUUAGCAUGGAGGGGAAAGAAGUGACCAUUCGACCGAUGCGCGAGGAAGACAAGGAAGGUGUGACGGAGUUGCGCAGAAGUUACGGCCAGCAACUGGGCAUCGGGGCACUGGACGCGCUGGCGAAGUACGACCCGGACAGCAUCUACGUCGCUGUCACCGAAGAUGGCCAAGUGCUGGGCAGCUGCGCAGUCGCGGACCUACACCCGGACCUGGCAUACGUGAUGAUGCACGCAGUUCGCGCCGAGCGCCAGAAGUCUGGGCUCGCCACGAGACUCUGGCAGGAGGCCGUCGAGCAGCGCCUGGGAGCCGCCAGGAACGCGUUCCUCAUCUGCGGAGGAUUUCACGUGUCCAUGUACUACCGGCGCUACGGCUUCGAAGUCGUGUCGGCUGAGCGCAUCCACUACAUCCGGCCAGGGCCGGCCGACAUCUCCUCACUGACCCAGAGUGUGACGGGCGUGCAAGUGUCGGCUGUGCAGGUACAAGACGACGCCGAGACGGUGUCCGCCAUCGCCGACUACGACGCCGCCGUGUUUGGCUUCCGGAGGGAACGCUUCAUUUCCCUUAUCCUGGCCGAAAAAGGGAACGCCGUGGUGGUGGCGCGACGAGGCGACCCGAACCGGACUGUAGUGGGCUACGGAGUGGUCAGCACGGACAUUAGCGGCCGGGCCCUCCUGAGAAUCGUGUACGCGGACGAGGAGGCCAUCGCCGAGUGCAUCGUGUACCGCCUGCUCGAGGCGUACGGUCCCUUCCACAAGAAGGGUCUCACGGGACUGCUGCUGGCAGGCGCCGGUGAAGGGCGCGGCAUCGACCACAAGAUGGCGUUGGAGACGGUGCCCUACGUGAACAUCCUCUACCGCCUGCACGAGCCGUCCACGUGCGACUACAGGAAGCAGUUUGUGGUGCCCGUGUAGCAUACGGAUGAUCGAUCGGAUGAUCGGAUGGCUUACGGGUGAUCGAUCGAUCGACUAACUGGAUAAUUAGAUUUGAUUAGAUUCUAUUUGGUUGAUUUACUGACUGGGAAUUUUAUAAAUUUUUGAGGUAGACUUUUCCACAACGUUUGAUCCUCAUGUAUAAAGUCGCCCAGUGACUCCGUGGGUACGCGUUUUUCUGCUGCUGCACACGAGGUCGUAUGUUCGAUUCACUGGCAACGGUGACCGCAUUGCUUUAUAAGCUGAGAAUGUAAAAUUACUCAGGUACUCAGAUUUAGCGUCAUAGUUGAAGAACGUCACGUAUAUAAAAUUAAUCCAGCGUCAUCCACUUUGGAUGACGCUGUAUUAUUUUGCCCCUGUUUUUUUACCCACGUUUUACCCCAUUUUACCCCUGUUUGGGACGUUACCCCAAUUAGUCAGUCAGUCAGUCAGCAUUCAAUAAACCAGUUACUCAAUCGGUCAGUCAUCAUCAUAUGAAGCGGAUAAAAAUUGUGUGAAAUGCAGAACUUAAUAGAAAUACUACAAGCAUAUUGACUCCAACGCGCCUGAAUCGAUCAUAAGCGCGUUCUAAGGGUUGAGGCACUUGCUAUAAAGAAAAAAAAAUGCACAUUUAAACAAAGCCAGCAAAUGAAGGGUGCGCUGAAGCAUACAAAAAGAAAACAAUAAUAAAGCAGGUGUCAGUAAUCAAAUGUCGUGUGUUACUUCCUUGGCGUAUAGGUGACUCCCUCACAAGGUUAGGAGGAGACACCAAGUACAGGCUAAUCAAGGUCAAACUAAUAAGCAUUUCGGCUCCAUGUGUGCGGUUUCCCGCCAGUUGUGCCUUAGCACAGGUGUCAAAACGGAUGACUAACAUGACUGAUAGGUCAUGAGAUCAAUAACAUCCCAUGCUCGUCAGUUACGUCACCAUUAACGAUAAUAAAACCACGUCUGGCGCAUAACCGCAUUGGAUAUGCGGGUAUGAGCCAGAGAUGUGUGGGUAUGAUGAGCCAGGGUAAAGAAAGAAAGAAAGAAAGAAAGAAAGAAAGAAAGAAAGAAAGAAAGAAAGAAAGAAAGAAAGAAAGAAAGAAAGAAAGAAAGAAAGAAAGAAAGAAAGAAAGAAAGAAAGAAAGAAAGAAAGAAAGAAAGAGACAAGCAAGGUAAGAAAGAAAUCACGUGUGGCUCAUACCCGCUUUGGAUAUGUGGGUAUGAGCCGUCGAGAGCAGGAGCGGUAGAGAUCUCACAGGAUCCUGUCCCUGCCGUGCAGGGUGCGCGGCUAUGAACGCUGUGGCUCAUACGCUAGUCUAUGACGAUGGGGCGGACUUGGCGCAGCAAACGCACUACUUGGCCAUCGCGCCGGGAGAAAACAAGACGCCGGUGUGCUUGCUGUUUGACGAACAUGCCGAAGACGCUCAAUAUAAUCAAUAAUGAUAAUAUAUAAAUUCACUAUAGCGAUAUUCACCAAAGCCACCAUAGUCACAGC